AUGGCCAAAUGCCUCAUCCUCCUCGCUCAGGGCCCCGCCGCCGCCGUUGAGCCAGGAAGAGUAAUGCCGGCACCGGCACCGGUACCCGCCAGCAGGCCAAAGAGCACGAGCCGCAGGUUCUUCGCCGCCGCCGAGGCCGGAGGUGGCGUGUGCGUGUCGUACGAGUGCAAGACGUGCAACAAGUGCUUCCCCUCCUUCCAGGCCCUCGGCGGCCACCGCACCAGCCACAACAAUGAUAAGAAGCAGCAGCAGCCGCAGCCGCGACGGCCGGAGGAGGCCGCUGCUGCUGUCACCACCACGCUUAGCCUGCGCACAGCUGCAGCGGGGACCGACGCAGCAGCUGCAGCGGCGACGUGGCCGGCGCACGAGUGCUCGUCAUACGGCGAGGUGUUCGCGUCCGGGCAGGCGCUCGGUGGGCACAUGAGGCGCCACCGGCCGCUCACCACCAGCUCGUCGGCCGUGGCGACGCUCGAGAGCGUGGUCACCGCCACGGGGACGGGGGAUCAAGACAGUAGCAAGCUGCUGCAGGAGGGCAACAUCAAUCUGGAGCUGGACCUCAACCUGCUGCCAGCGCCGUCGACAGAGCAGGAGGUGACAUCGUCCCCGGCAAAGCCGCCAUGCCAUGAACCAGCAGUUCAGUUGAUGCAUGCUUUGACUCGCCACUAG